ACCGUGUGGAAAUAUGCAUCGAAGAUGUUCGUAAUCCGGAAAUAAUGAGAAUUUCAGCACAAAAGAAAAACUUAUCUAACCCACCAGAGACACGCAUGUAUAAAACAAGGGAAAUAAUUUUACCAUGAGAGUAACGAGUGCUGCAUGGUAUCGCCAUGUUUAAUCCACGUUUUUUUCUUUACUUUCCUUCACCCGCCACGAGAAUCCAGACAACGGUCUAGAUUUCGUAGAUCCUAUCCAGACCUAAUAGCAAUGCACUCGGCUUCCAGAAGUCAACUAAAAUAACACGCUGAAAUUAACGAUCAACGGUUCCAGGAUUUGACGGCCCGGCCUUUGGGGCCCAUCUAUCUCUGGCACGGCAGUUGGAAGAAAACCAAGAUCUCUAACUUUGCACCUGCAUCAGAGCCGUCCCUAAGCAAUCUUCUAGAACUUCCACUGGCAUAUCCGUAUAUACGAAUUCAGAUCUGACACAAGAGUAAGCGAGUGGCGAGUACAUAACCCCCUAUCCAGACCCGCAUCUCUGCAGUAUGUUGGGAAACAUCACGCAUCUUCUGAAUUCGCCACAGCGCUCACCCUCAUCCACCCGUUCAUGCAUGAAUGGAUGGCCUGAAUGUGCCGCGACGGCCCGCCUUCGCGCCACAAGCGAAAAUAAUCGUUAUGAUGAGGUACUUCUUCCCGCCGUAUCGCGAUCUGCUGUGUGACUAUCGGGUUACGCCGGCAAUACGAUAUCACCUCAGACUCGCCCUCAGUCCCAACACCAACAAAUCUUCACACACACACACAUACGAUCGGGUCAUCGAGGCGGCAUAAAAGGAGGUCGGCGAGGGAAAUAGUCGAUACGAUCGUUCGAGGGGCCUAUGCAUUCGCAUACCGGUUCAGCUUUCAGCGCUGCUUACCCCGCCCGGAAAAGUUCGAAAGGCGACGCGCCACAAGCAAUCGUGGAUAAGUCGUCGAGCCAUAAACGGUGAGCAGAUGCCUAAGCGACGAUUAUGUCGAUGUGUCGUGUUCGUUCGCCUGUCCGCGCCGUCGCAUUCUCUGUGGGAAAGAUGUAUGUCAGCCCGUCCGCAACCCGUGUCGUUGCGAAAAUCUGGCACUUUGCUAAACCGACGCCCCCUAAUUUAUCCUGAGGCUGCAUCAUGUAAUGCGAGUACUAUACGCCCCUCCCAUGUCCAGAUAAGAUCUGGUGCGUCCCUGUCGAAUGAGAGCGGCGGGUAUCAUGUAUAGACCCGGUGCGGUCUCGAAUCGGAUAAAUAGGCUCUUGGCUCUUCCCUGGUUGCUGCUACGUAGCACAACCUCGUGAGGGUCCACCGGCUUGGCGGGCUUAUUAUAAAUCGAAGAGGCUCUUCAC